CCCAUGUUCUGCGCGGUGAUAGAGAGCUUUGCGGCUAUGCGUGUCUGUAGCAGUACCUCUAAGCUCUUCACUAACUUCCUCAGGCCUCCGGCCGCUUCGCUUUCAUUGUUCACGAUCUACGCCUGUGUUCUAAUACAGCAUGGCUUUCGAAGAUAAGGUAGGCUUCUCCAAGCUCGACAACACGGAAAUGAAUGUUCAUACCGACUCCACGAAUGACAUACUUGGCGUAUCGUACGAUGAUGGUGCUACUAGAUGGAGAAGAAAGACCAUGUGUGCUAGAUGGGUGAUCGCGGUACUGACACUAAUAUGCACUGGCUUGAUUGUUGUUCUACUCCUUACGUUUGAACUACAGUUGAACUGUGCAGCUAAACAGUCUUCAUAUAACACCAAUCUUGACAGUUCUAUCAAGUUUUUGAUGGUGUCAGAUCUCCAUCUUGAUUCGUAUUAUGAUGCUUCUGUAGCUUCAAAACCAACAUUUUGCCGUGGAGUUGGAAAUUACAGCACAGCAAAUUACAAGGCACCAUAUGGACGUGUUGGUUGUGAUUCUCCAGAAAUAUUGAUUGACAGUUUGGUGAAGGGAAUGCGCAGCGUGUACGAUGAGAAGGGGGCUGACUUUAUGAUAAUCACAGGUGAUAUGUCUUCUCACAAGACAGAUGCCUCCUAUCUUCCUAAGGGAAAAACUUCGGAGCGUGUACUUCACAAUAUCAAGCUUGCAUCAGCAAAAAUACACAAUGCCUUUCCAAAAAUACCAGUAUUUCCAAUGCUUGGUAACAAUGACUUUGAAGGGCAUUAUGUGCUACCAAAUACAUCCCAUGACCAGUGGUACAAUAAGACAUUAGAGGUGUUUGCUCCAAUGAUAUUAUGCAGUAACUGCUCAACUCAGGACACAGCAGCUACGACGAUGGCAGAGUUGAAAACAACAUUUCUUGAUGGUGGAUACUACAAGGUCCAUAUUGCAGAUGGAAGAAUGAUCCUGCUGAUCCUUAACUCCAUGUAUUGGAAUCCUUAUGCAGUUGAAAAAUCUUACAACGUUCAAGUAAUAGCAAAAAGGCAAUUAGAUUGGCUUGAACAGCAACUUGAGUUUGCCAAAAAGGAGAGCAAAAAGGUCUUCAUAGCAGGUCACAUUCCACCUGGGAUUGACCCAUUUGGUGACAAAGGUACACCUUUUUGGAUGGAAAAUUGCACAGCUCGGUACACUAAUAUGAUUGUUGGCAAAUACUCAGACAUUGUAGCAGGUCAAUUCUUUGCUCAUAUUCAUCAAGAUGAUUUCAAGCUGCAAAUGUUUAAUACCUCUCAACACCUCACUGGUAGUAAAACAUCAUUUGCCCUCCUCAACCCGUCAGUAUCAGUUGUCUACGCUAACAAUCCAGCAUUCCGCCAGGUCUACCUGGACAGGAAAGAGCUAGCAAUCCUGGAUUAUGACCAGCACUUCCUGGAUAUUGUCAUGGCAACAGAAUUUAAUGCGCCAAACUGGCAACUUGACUACAGGUUUAGUGAGCAUUAUCCCUCGGCAAACAAGUACAUAAAUACAGACAGAAUCCUGGAGCUCAACCAGAAUCUUAUCAACCAAUCACACGAGAACGCGUGGGCAACUUACGUUUUCUCGCGAGCAGUUAGGUACCAAGCCUCUAGUUACUCACGGUUUGGGCUGUAUUGCGCGAUGCGUCACGUGAUCAAGUCCGAGUACGAUAAAUGCAGGUCAAAUUACAAGGUCCCGGGAGGCUAGUUGUGGAGGUAACCUAAUAACAAGUGAUGAAGAAUCUUAUAGUUUUGUAUAUAUAUUUUUUCAAAUGUGUAUUUUUCUAGAGAAUAGUGUUUUCAAUUGGAAUUUUGCCGGCUUUCGCGAUUUUACGUCAAACGUGCUAUAAUCACGAAUUUUUUUAUGCCAAUCUGAGCGCGCAUUUUCUAGCGCUCUUCAGAUCACGGUGAUACGACAACGCUAAAUACUGUAUUAAAAUCAUUUAACGAUACUUUUUACUUUUCUUUAACAUCCCUGCCACCCACACGCAAAAAGUAUCUUCCUUCAUAUCCACCCGCUAGUGUCAUGUCCAUUUUCAUUCUAGUGUGGUUGAGAAAGCCUUUUACUUACAGAGAGAUCCUAUUGUAAUAGGUUUUAAUAGACUAGAACAGCUAAUAAUGUGAUUUGCAUUUCAUUUUAUUGGAUGUGAUUAAAAGGCCUAACUCUAAUGAAGCAGGUGAUUUACCUUAAUGGCUUGUUUAGCUAAGAGGGAUACUUUUUUAUGGGGCGAGGGAGCUAAUGCUAUCGAAUAGUGUAAUGUAUUAACCGCAUAUUUUUUAUGGUCUCCCCAACACGAUUCGGUCCUACAUUUUGGGUAUGAAUGCACAUUGUAAAGCUAUAUCCUAGUGUUCUUUGGAUACAAUAAGUCUGUCCUGAAGAAGUCUUAUUAAAGACGAAAAUGUGGCAGAGUCGAA